UUAGGAGAGAGCCGUGACUCCUGCGGGGGACAGGGGAGCCAUCGACGUGGAUGUGAUGCAGGAAAACACCUGUCACCCAGGCCAGCAGGAACGUUAUUGAGUUCUCCAGAGAGUGAUGGGGUCCACAAGCUAUUACUACUUGUCAGGUCGGCAAAGCUCUAAUCCAGAAGCAGUGUGUUUUCCUAGGCCACAUUUAAUUUGACUUUUUUGGGGUAGUAGUGUCAGAUGUCAUUGUUUUAUUUUUGGGUGGAAAAAGGACUAUAUGCAUUUUAGGGCAUGAGAUACGGUCCCUUAUGAAUCAAACACAAAACAGCUGGAAAAUUCCAGGAACAUGAAGAAGACGAAGACAUCUAUGGGGGAUGUGGGGCCUGGUGUGGGCAUCUCGACAUUCGGGGAGGUGGAGUUCACCAGCACAGAGACAUACAAGGAGGUGGCAAAAGUGAACCUCUGGGGCACGGUGCGGAUGAUGAAAUCCUUUCUCCCCCUCAUCCGAAGGGCCAAAGGCCGUGUCGUCAACAUCAGCAGCAUGCUGGGCCGCAUGGCCAACCCCGCCCGCUCCCUGUACUGCAUCACCAAAUUUGGGGUAGAGGCUUUCUCUGACUGCCUGCGCUACGAGAUGCACCCGUUGGGUGUGAAGGUCAGUGUGGUGGAGCCCAGCAACUUCAUUGCUGCCACCAGCCUCUACAGCCCUGAGAGCAUCCAGGCCAUUGCCAAGAAGAUGUGGGAUGGGCUGCCUGAAGUCGUGCGCAAGGACUACGGCAAGAAGUACUUUGAUGAGAAGAUUGCCAAGAUGGAGACCUACUGCAACAGUGGCUCCACGGACACGUCCCCCAUCAUUAAUGCCGUCACACAUGCCCUGACCACCGCCUCCCCCUACACCCGCUACCACCCCAGCUACUACUGGUGGCUGCGAAUGCAGAUCAUGACCCACUUGCCUGGAGCAAUCUCCAACAUGAUCUACAUACACUGGCAGUUUCACCGGCCGCUGUGGGAGCCCUGGUGAGAGGGAGGGAGGAAGAGGGAAGAGCUCACCAUAUGAAGUCCACUUGAUUCUUCACUUGUGCGUUAUCGCUGUCCCAAGGGAACCCAUUGCUAGUUUUAGCAUUAAC